AUGAAGCUUCCUUUUGUUGCUUUGCUUUGUCUUUCGUUCCUAUCCAAUGGCCUUGCAGCCAAACGCAGUGAUUCCAAGCUGCGCAACAGGCAUGUUUCUGGUGGAAGGAAACUGCAAAUGCCGGUCGAAGACUCCGAAGAAGAGUCACCUGAGUUUGACUAUACGGAAGAUGGGAAACGUAUCUACUACAUAUACUUGUCAGGACCAGAAGUAUUCCUUGAGGAUGCCGUGGCAGCUGGAGAGGAAGGAAAGAGGCUUUGCAACAGUGUCAAUCAGCCUGACUGGGAUUUUGAAAUUCAGGCCCUCUAUCCUUUGGAUAAAGCAAUCGACAACUUCGGCUACAAUCUUGAUACUGCUCUCAGAAUCUACUAUGCAAAUGUGGAUCUCAUGACUCAAGCUCACGCGACCGCCAGCAAUAUGGUUCGCUUCAGGUCUCCCAGCAUGGAUGUUGGUACGGCUUUUGAGAUGGGCUUUGUCCGAGCCCAGGGCAAACCCGUCUUUUCGUACUAUGACGCUGUUCCCUUUUACGGAGCCUUUGAGGAAUCUGGGUCCUACCAGGAGAGAGUAUUCUUCUACAAUUAUACAACCAGCGUUGAGGAUCGUUUUGACAAAGAUGGCAUUGAAGUAGAAGGAUUCGGAGCGAACGAUAAUCUGAUGAUGUGGGGCUCAUACGUUGACACCGGCUUCCCUCAGGGAGAGACUGUGAUUGAUGCUUGUGGGUAUUUUGCAGAUUGGAUUUUUGAGAAUGAAUAUUGA